AUGGGCAUUACAAAAGAAACUAAAAUUAACAUGUCUGGGCAGUUGUAUUCAUUUACCGACGAGUUGACGCCGCAGGAUCAACAAUUUUUUGAGUUAGUGAAAAGUUGCAACUUACCAGCAAUCGAAGAGUAUUUAAAAACUAAUAGUGUAAAUAUCAAUAUGAAGUUCCAGGGAGACACGCCGUUGCAUUUGGCUAUACAGAACCAAUGUGAACCUCUAGUCGAUUUAAUUCUUCAACAAAAAGACGUGAAAAUCGGCGAUACGACGCUGUUGGCGAUCACGUACGAUAACCUCAAGUUGCUGGACCGCCUGCUGGAAUUCGAGGAGACCAACGGCAGAGGCAAAAAAAGCCGGGGCAAGGUCAGUGGUGGCUGGAAAAGGAUAGCGUCGGGUACCGGCGGAAACGAUGCAGCGGACGACGACGACGAUUCGGAGGAGUUCCCGCGGUUCAUGACGCCACUGCUGUUGGCCACGCAAUGCGGCCUGUACGAGACGGUCGAGUACUUGCUGAACCGCGGCCACACGCUGGACAGGCCGCACACGCCGCGGUGCACGUGCGACGAACGGUGCGCGGCCGCGGCCGUGCGCGGCGAAGUGGUCACCGACGGUUGUGAGCGGUUGAACGCGUACUGGGCCAUCAGCAACCCAACGUUCAUAUGCACCACGUCCACCAGAUCCGACCCGGUGCUCAGAUGUUUCCAGUUGCACGACGAGCUGUUGCAGUGCGGAUCCGAAGAACAGGUGUACAAGGCGGCGUACACGUCUAUGGCCGAACAGGUAAAACAGUUUGCGGUGGAUAUGAUAGUGAACUGUAGGACAUCAGACGAAGUAAAAAUCAUGUUGCGAAAUCGGGACGGAUGCAAAUUCAGAGGACAGUUUCCGUACCCGAGGCUGAUCACAGCAAUGGACCACAAGCAAAAAAAGUUCGUGGCGCACACCAACAUUCAACAGGUGUUGGAGACGGCUUGGCUGGGUGAUUGGAUCGAGUGGAAGUCGUAUUCGGUGCUAAGGAAGUUAGCAUACAUGUUGUGGAGGUUCUGCAUGCUGCCAGUUAUGGCAAUCUUGGGCAUGUUUGCGCCCGACUCGAAACUGAACCGGACCAACCGGUUGCCGAUCAACCGGAUGUUCAACAGUCUAGUCGCAUACUUGGUGUUUCUGGUUCUGCUGUUCGUUCACUCGAACACCGACAAGUUCUUGGCGCCCAGAGGUGCGCCGAGGUUCCACACGUGGUCACCGAUCGUCGUGUUCGUGCUCGGUCACGCGGUCGAGAAGACCAAGCUGCGGCUCCAGCAGGGUCCCGAACGGUUUUUCAGGAAUCUGUGGAACGUGUUUGACACGGUCAAGCUUACGCUGUUUACGGUUGCGUUCCUGUGCUGGGCGCUGGCCGGCGCUCAGGCCGGCUGGGUGUCCGACGACCUGGACCGCAAGUACUGGCACUGGGCCGAUCCACAGCUGGUGGCCGAGGCCCUGUUCGCCGUGGCCACCGUCAUGGCGUAUAUGCGGCUACUGUUCCUGUGCCAGCUCAACUACGACAUCGGGCCCAUGCAGGUGUCCCUGGGCAAAGUGCUGUAUGACUUCGCCAAGUUCGCCACGUUCCUAGUCAUCAUUAUGGCGGCGUUCACGUGCGGCCUGGGCACGUACUACGCCUACUACACGGGAAUGGUGUACAAGAAUCCGGAAACGGGCGAGACGGCCCGACAAGAGGAUUCGUUCGUCACCGUUGCCGACACGUUCAAGACACUGUUCUGGGGCAUAUUCUGCAUGACGUCGUUGGACGCACCCAACGUGGUGGUCGGAAACACGGUGGCGGCCACCGGUGGCGUCGACGCGGCCACGGAGCCGCAUCAUUUUACCCAGCUGAUCGGUUACGGUCUGUUCGCCGUGUUCGAGGUGCUCAUGGUCGUCGUCAUGAUGAACAUGCUGGUCGCCGCCAUGUCGGACACGUUCCAGCGGGUAGCCGACAAUGCCGAGUAUGAGUGGCUGUUCGGCCGGACCCAGGUGUACGUCAGCUAUAUGUUGCUGGACGACAUGCCGCCGCCGUUCAAUCUGUUGCCCACCGCCGACUGGCUGGUCGGUGUCAGGCGGUUCAUGUCCAAGUCCGAUGGCUACGACCGCUUGUCGCUAAACGGGGGGAGGGGUGGCUACGACGGUGAUGGCCGUCAGUCAAAGCAAGACGUUACCGAGUUCCGAGAGCUCAUGACCGAAAUCAUCAAGCGGUAUUUCAUGCACAGAACACACGUUGACUGA